AUGCCUAUACGCCUGGCGAGGUACUCGGAUUUGGACACCAUCUCCAAGAUCCUGGCCGCCAGUUUCUACGACGAGGAAUUGAACGACUGCAUCUUCCCCUACCGGAGACAAUACCCGGAGGACUACAUCUUUGUCUGGAAACAGAAAGUCCUCAAGAACUGGUGGGAUUACAACAAGAUUUGGAUCGUCAGCUAUGAGAAAGAUCCGUCUCAGAAGUCGGGCGAGGUCAUCACGGGCGCGGCAGAAUGGGGGCGCGAGGGUAAAGGCUCAGAGCGCCUUUGGGGUCUGGUGAGGUGGUGGGAUCCAAGAAGACUAAUAUCUCCUCUCGUCGGCCUGUUCUACACUUUCUAUCGCCUUCUCAUCCCCAACCGGUCCGUGGCCGUGCCGUCGCUCAAGGAUCCCAACCCGCUGAACAAAUGGAACUUUGCCUACCGCAUCGAGCCUUUUUCGGCGCACUUCUUCACCCAGCCGCCGUCCCGCGCCAACCACUGGGAGCUGUCGACGCUCGCCGUGCACCCGACGUAUCAGGGCCGGGGCCUGGGCCAGAAGAUGGUGGCCUGGGGCCUGGAGAGGGCGCGGCGGGACGGCCUGCCGGCAGUGGUGAUCGGGGCAAAGGGCACCGAGCCGUUCUACCAGCGCUGCGGGUUCCGUCACCUGGUCGGCAACGUGUCGACAUACGAGAUCGAGGGCGACGACGACUGCAAAAAGGUCGUGCGCCUCGACAAAACCAACCCCCUGAAACUGAGAGGCAUCACAGGCGGGUCGGUCAUGUGGACCGACUAG